AUGACUCCGUGUACCUGGAUUGGAGUCACUUGCAACUCUCGCCACAAUAGAGUGGCUGCUUUGGAUCUUUCCAACAUGGGUCUUGUUGGAGAAUUAACUCCAGACUUGGGAAAUCUUUCUUUCCUUGUUUCACUUAACUUGAGCCAAAACAAUUUUCAUAAUUCCUUCCCUCGAGAACUUUUUCAAUUGAAACGCCUCAAAGUUCUUGAAUGUAGCAUCAAUAACUUUAGUGGGAAUAUUCCAUCUUGGUUUGGUUUCUUAUUGAACCUUAGAUUUUUGUAUUUGGGGAGUAAUAGCUUUAGUGGUUUUCUUCCCACAUCCCUUUUCAAUCUUUCAAAACUUGAGGUCUUACAUUUAGGAGAUAAUUCUCUUGAAGGGAGUGUUCCUAGAGAAAUAGGCAAUCUUCCCCAACUAAAGUGCUUAUUUGGUGAACUUCCUCUUGAUCUUGGGAAUCAUCUUCCUAAGCUUCAAACAUUAAAUAUACGUAAUAACAAAUUUAGUGGUCAAAUUCCAUCAAGUUUAUCUGAAUGUUCAUUGCUUCAAACUAUAUCUCUGUCAUACAAUAAUUUUAGUGGGCAUGUACCAGAAGAAUUUGGAAACUUAACAAAGCUUGAGGGGUUAUACAUUGGUAGCAAUCGGUUAACAGGACAUAUACCAAAGAAACUUGGGAAUUUAACCAUGCUUCAAGUCCUAUACAUUGCACAUAACAACUUUGGAGGUGUAAUACCAAAAGAGUUGGGAAAACUUUAUAUGUUGGAGAAAAUAAUUUUAGAAUCGGCUAACUUAAGAGGGUCCAUACCCAAGGAAAUCUUCAACAUUUCUUCUUUAAAACUAAUUUCAUUUGCGGUCAAUAACCUUGUGGGCACACUUCCUUCAAGCAUGGGGCAUGCUCUAUUGAACAUAGAGGUACUUUAUCUUGGCAGCAAUAUGUUCUUUGGAGUGAUACCAGACUCUAUCUCAAAUUGUUCACAGCUUACUACGAUAGAUCUCGCCAAAAAUCAUUUCAGCGGCACAAUCCCUACAUCUCUUGGUAAUCUACGGCUCCUAAACACACUAUUUAUAAAUGAAAACAUGCUCACGAAUGAUGCUGCAUCUCCAGAGUUAAGUAUUAUCAACUUUUUAGUAAAUUGCAUUUACUUGGAGGAGGUAUACUUAGAUGAUAACCCUCUAGAUGCUAUCCUUCCAUCAUCAAUUGGGAAUUUUUCUUCUUCCCUUCAAGUUCUGUCUAUGCCGAGUUGUGGGUUGAAGGAAAUUAUACCAAAUCAACUUGGAAACUUAAGCAGCUUGAUUCGCUUGGAUUUGGGUAGCAAUAACUUGGUUGGGUAUAUUCCACCAAUGUUAGGUAGGGUUAGUAAACUCCAAGGAUUGUAUCUCAGUAAUAACAAAUUGAGUGGUUCCAUUCCUAAUAGCCUUUGUGACCUUCACUAUCUGUAUGAAUUACAGCUGAGCAACAAUCAGCUAUCUGGAAGUUUGCUGAAAUGCUUUGGUAAUAGCACUUCCCUCAGAAAAAUAUAUCUAGAAUCAAACCGGUUGACUUCUAGAAUACCUUCAAGUUUGUGCUAUCUCAAAGAUCUAUUAGUGCUUGAUGUGAGUUCUAAUUUCUUAGAUGGAUUUAUACCCAAUGAUGUUGAAGGUUUGAAGGCACUUUCACUUCUAAACAUGUCUCACAAUCAAAUCUCGGGAAAUAUCCCUGUCACUCUUGGACAAUUGCAAAAUUUAUAUCUUUAG